UGUUACAUUCACACCCGACCCUCAAAAACGGCCUCGCAGCCACCUAAAUACACAAUGCACCAGUGGGUUCCCCUUCCCUUCGUCCUUGGUGCUUUCAAAAUAAUGGCUAUUCUCUGAUACUCCCCCCAGAAAUAUGCAAGCCGAUAUCAGUGGAGACUUCAGUGGGAAUUCAGGGGAUCAUCCUAUUCCCGGUAGCGGUAGCAAUAAUAACAUGAACACGGGUUACCUCACCAAUGUUUCCCAUCUCAGAACGACAUAUCAGGCCUGCCCAUCUAGAGCUGGGGACCGAGGUAACGCCAGCUUUCCCUCUAACUUUCCGGCAACCUGCUAACGUUCUAUCGCGGCUACAAGAAGCGUCCCGACCCCACCGGAUUAUUCCCUAUGGCAGGAACAACAUGUCUGCUGACCAUAAUGAUCUUGUCGGGUCGGUAGGGAGGCUUUGCGAGAGGAGUGGUCCCAACCGGAUCGCACUUCAUGGGUUAGGCGGUUCUGGGUAAUUAUGUAUUCAUUAUUUUCUUUUACGAAUGGUUUCACUAACGUUGCUUAGAAAAACUCAGAUUGCCCUCGAAUAUGUCCACCAGCGCACGGGCGAGACCGGUCAUAACGAUUUCUGGGUGCAGGAGAGUAGGAUAUUAAAAUUUAGUGAGGGCUUCAGGGCUAUUGCCCAGCAUGCUCGAAUUCGCCCGGCCAUUGUUGUGACUGACGAAGGGGGAUCCCUGCCGCGCACAGAGAGGUGGUUUGAAGGCCCAGAGAGCGGUGACUGGAUUCUGGUUAUCGACAAUGCCGACAACGACGCCGACUUUGAUGGCAACAACAGCCCUAUCGCCAAGUUUAUACCACAGGGUCCGGGGCGGGGGACCGUGGUUCCCGCGGCCAGGCCGCCAUCGGUCGCGUCUCGCCAGGGCUGCGGGGUGGUCGAGAUUGAAGAAAUGGGGGAGGAAGAAGCCCUGGAGUUGUUUUCGAAACGCUUUGGUAGCCGGGACGCUUUGGGAGUUGAAGAAAAAGGGUUUAUCGCGAUGAUCCUGAGCUCCCCGCGUCACGUGCCGCUGGCUAUUAUCGGUAUGGCAGCCUUCAUGACCGAAACCAGGGCACCGCCAUCCGCUUACUGGGCCAUCUUCCGGGGGAGCGAUGGACAAGCAAAGAGACUACUUUCACAGCCGUUUUGUGACAUCCAACGAGAGGUUGAUAUGACCGAAAGUAUCCUGGCUACAUACUUUGUCACCUUUAACCGGAUCGCAGAAAAGAUGUGCCUAGUAGUUGAUCUUCCCCGGCUAAUUGCAUUCUUCGAUCGUCAAAACAUACCCGAGGAGCUAUUGAGUCAGCCCGGAAUGGAUGAUCCAGUUGAGUUUCAUCAGGCCAUUGGAAAGCCUUGGGGAUUCCCACCGUUUAUCAGUAUCAGGUGUGAGAGCAAGACGUUUUACGAGCUUCACCGUUUGGUCCAACCGUCUUUACAGCUUUAUUUGCCAACAGAAGGGACUGCUCUGAGAGUGAUCCCGCGAUUGUCCUUUCAGAAGAGAUUUGUGCAUCUGGGAGUGGUGAAAUCAUAUGAGGGAAAGUGGACACUGGAGGGGUGCGAGAAGGUUCUUGGACCAGACUGCCCCGACACCCUAUCGAGUGUCAACAACCUGGCCAUUGCACUUCUGUGUCGAGUAAGGUACGGGGAAUCAGAGACCAUGAAUUGGUAUGCCCUAGAGUGGUACGAGAAGAUUCUAGGACCAGACCACCCCAAUACCUUAACAAGUGCCAACAACCUGGCUCGGGUGCUGCAGCACCCGGAGGAGUGCAAAGAAUUGGAGACGAUGAGCCGGCAUGCAGGGAAGAGACUACCAAGACAAGUGGGUAUAACAUAGCCACAGUUUGCAGCCCAUGUGGUUCAUCGCUUUGGGGGCCCGCAGCCUUCGACAAGGAUGACGGGCCGACAAAGCAAUUUAUCAUUUGGAGUUAUCUUGGCUAAGAUAGAGGUGACGGGAGUGGUCUACCACUUCCCACCAACCCGGGAGGUAUGACGAAUCACACACGAUGAGUAUGAGCUGUUAAGGUGCUGUUUACUAGCAAGUAGGGACACUUUUCGUUAUUCGGCGCUGCUCGUCGACCUUGCGCACUGGGAGCCUUGGGCUGGGGAGAACGGUAUCACGGGGGACUUCCGAUCUCGCACGUAUUGCUCGCCCACCGUUUCCUACCUACGGGCGAACAGCCAACCUUUUAUACGCGAAUCAAAAAAGAAAACCCCCCGCCCCCCCGCAUCCUUCCAAGAAGAUGCUGAGCUACUGCAUUCAUUGGUAAAUAGAAUCACCGUCUUUCCUCCCUAAACAGAAACAAUAUCAAGAAUAUGCACUAAUUUUCCGAGGUACGAAUCAAAGCUUUUAUGUUUACGACGGACAAGUGAGCACCGGUGAUGGGGUGAUGGGAAAUAAUAUUUGUGUAUGGAGGAAGUGUUGGGGUUUUUUUUGUAUUCUUUUCAGAUUUUAUUUUCAAUUGUUACUUUUCCCUUUCAGUGUUAUACCGGUCCAUAUUUUAUAUAGAGAAUGAAAUGAUGUCAUGGGCC